AUAAUAUUAUCGUAAACAGCAUGUACUUACAUAGAUGAAAUAAAAAAGUAGAACAGCUUUCUAAGAAAAUAGUAGGAAAGUUCGCACAAAUUGGGUAGGCGUAGACAAUUCCCCUUGCAUGAAAGUGCAGUUAUUCCCGUACACAAAGUACACCCUUUAGAAAAUCCAAAUCCCAGACUCAAUAAAUACUACACAUACAACACAUGGUUUCCUAAACGUAAACCUCUGUUUUCAUAUAUAAACCCUAAAAAGGCUUUUUAGAUUUCUGUUGUUCAGAACAUGUGUCUCCUAACGCAGUCUGAUUUGAAGCGUAUUUUUGAGAAAGUGGAUGUCAAUGGCGAUGGGUUGCUGAGCCUUGAGGAGCUCAAUCGGAUGCUUGAAAUCACAGGCAAUUGCCAGUACACCAUACAAGAGUUGGAAUCGCUGGUGGAAACGAAAAGCCUUGGUUUCAGCGAGUUCUUGUUCUUUUACAACUCCAUUUCGGAGCAGCAGAAUGGAGAAAGUAGAGGAAGUUGUGAGGCAGAGGAAUUGGAGAGCGACCUCGUCAAAACCUUCAAGGUCUUUGACUUGGAUGGCGAUGGCUUCAUCACCAGCCAUGAGCUUGAGUCUGUCUUGAAAAGGCUUGGCAUGUGGGAUGACACCAACUGCAAUGAUUCUACAACCAUGAUUCGAUUCUAUGACACCAACUUCGAUGGUCGUCUUGAUUUUCAGGAAUUUAAGAAUAUGAUGUUGGUUUCCAGAGCCUGAUCCUCCUCCUCUGUUUCUGUAAAUAUGUGUUUUAUGAUCAUCAACUUUAUUCAUAAGUCUUCUUUAUGCAACUCUGUUGCUGUUUAUAUUA